AGAGUAUAUAUUUUAAAUUUUGUGAACUGGUACCGGGAAUGUGGUGAUGAAGCUGAGUUAGGUUCCCCUCGAGUGGUCCAAAAUGAAUGAGCUUUACUCGCUGAAGUGGAAGAACCAUCAGGUGAACUUGGUGGACGUGUUCGAGGAGCUUUGGGAGAAAGAGGCGUUCAUAGACGUGACUCUGUCGUGCCCAGGCGGUCGGAAUUUCCCGGCGCACCGGAUGGUCCUCUCAGCGUGUUCGCCGUACUUUCAUUCCCUGUUUUUGGACCCGGCCCUGCGGGUAUCCCAGCAACCCGUCGUGUUCUUGCGUGACGUGAAGGGCGACGAGCUGGAGGCCCUGUUGCGGUUCAUGUAUCGCGGCCACAUCGACGUCAUGCACGAGGAUUUAGGCCCGCUGCUUCAGUUAGCCCACGUUCUACAAAUCAAGGGUCUGGCCACCGUAACCAACGAGGACCGGACGCGGACGAUGGUCCAUGGCGACGGCGCCACUUGCGAGAAGCGCCCGUGCCCCGACGACGGGAUGUGGGCAGCGCGGGUGAAGAAGCGCAAGAGUGAUAGCCCGGUGUCGUCCACGUCGCGCGUGGACGACAGUCACGAAAGCGGCGGCGAGAGUCAGGGCCAGGGCGGACGAAAGCCGUCCAACUCCCCGCACCCUGUGAUGCCCGAUGGCGAAAACCAAUGUGAUAGAGAUGUCCAAAGUACUUCCGUGACGAACGGCGACGAGAACAACAAGGGCGCCGCGGAGGACGGGAGUGCCACCAACUCCGGCUCCGCGUCCGGCGCCAACUCCACGCCCACCGCCAACAACCACGAGACCGAAGAGUCGGCCGAGGACAGCAUGGAGUUUGACUACGGCGACCACCCGCCGGAAGCGAGUAGAUGGUUAAAGACGGAAGUGGCGGACAUAGACGACGAAGAAGACGAUCUGGACGAUGAUAUCGAAGACGUGGACGACGAUGUACCUAGUGGCGACGAAGGGAACGCGUUGGAUGGCGUGGACCUGAAGCCACGCGCGGAUCUUGCUUCCGACGUCGGUGAGAACCCCGGCGACGUCAUGGUGAGUGUCACAUUUGUCCCCAGUUCCCCCCCUCCUCCUCCUCCUUGUCCCCCGUACCCUGUCAACAGAGGGACGCGAAUCGGAAUGGAAAAGAAAGGAGUCGUCUCGGUCGUGGGAACUAGUCCUGGGCGAUUGUAUUCCGGGUUUUUCUUCCCCUGCGCUGCGAAACCUGUCGGUGCCCCGCGAGGUGGGAAAUUGCCGACGAAGAGCCGGGCGUAUUGA